ACUACAGAGCUGUCAGCAGGAAGAGAGAGGGGGGAGGUGACAGAAACCACAGAGAAAGACAGAGUAAGAGAGCCCAUUGACUUCAUCCACAGCUGACUCAAACCCUGGAAAGUCUCCCUGGAGCCCACCACAGGCGGACAAAGAGCUCAUUUCCUGCCUACAAGAUAAUGGCCUGCACCACUUUUAUAAAAGACACAGAUGUCCUUCUCCUCCUCCUGUUAGGAAUACUGCCAUCAGCACUGGUGUCAGGCCAAACUACUGUCUCCACACCAAUACCCUCAGUUUCUGCAACAACGGCAAACACUGCAUCUACAAUGACAAUGUCGCCCAACUCUGCCUCCCCUACGACAGUCACCUCUGCUUCCUCUGCUUCCUCUGCUGCAUCUGCCACCUCAGGAAGCUCAGGAGCCACCACCACACAGUCUGCCACCAGCAUGACAACCGUUGCCAUGUCUGCACCUCCAACCACAGUCGCCACAUCUGGGUCAGUCACCACUACUAACUCAGGAACCGCUUCAGCCACAGCUGUUUCCUCCACCUCUUCCGCAGCGGUUUCACCAACCAUGACCCAGACAAGCACCAUGGCAGCCUCAGGUUCCACAGUUUCAUCAUCCACUGCAGCCUCAGCCUCUGGGUCCCCUACCUCAAGUGUGUCCUCCAGUGCAGCAACUAUGACAACAGCCAUGACCUCCGGAGCCCAAACCUCAGGGAACACAACAGGUGUCACUUCUGGGACUACUAAUACUACCUCAAUGAGCAUGAUGCAGAUAUGCUGCCCCUCCUUCACCUGCAACUACACAGACUGCUAUUCAAUGUACACCAGUCAGAACGAGACCAAAUGUGAUGCUGGUGUCUCCUACUGCCAGCUGAUAAAGCAGUCAGACAUGAGCUACAUUGCGAACUGCAGCGCCUCCUGUGUUGAUCGUUGUGUGAAUGAAACUCAGACUAACUGUUCGGUGGAGUGCUGCGACUCCACUGGUUGCCUCAACGCUACGUUUGCAUCCAUGAUGAUGACAACCACAGUGACUCCAGCGACAACCACCACCGCUCCAGUCACCACAACAAAAGCCACAACUACAAUGCAAACAACAGCAAAUAAUGGAAAUAAAUGUCGUACAGCUACAUGUAAUGACAAGGCGGAUUGCUACACAGGGUUUUCCACAGCACCAAUCGAAAGAUGUUCCUCCUCACAUCUCCAUUGUCAGCUAAAAAAGGAGACGGUUGACUCCAAGGUGAAGUGGACAGCAGGUUGCACCACCAACUGCUCGGGCCAAACCUGGUGCAAAAGCUCAUCCUCCUCCCCUCCAUGUCAUCUAGAGUGCUGCAAUGCCACCAAAACUUCCUGUCUGUGGCUGAACGGCACAGCGAAUGUCCCCUCCCUCGCCACAAGGGGUCCACAUCUCCACACAGAGUUGAUUGCCUUGUUAGUUUGCUUGCUGGGCAUCAGUUCUCUCUUUUGAGUUACUGGGCAGGGGGUUGAGUCACUGCAUGGGCCGCUAGAAACCAACAGCCUUGAUGUAAUUCCUAUUCCCUUCAGAUACAAGCUUAGUACUGCACACGUAAACACUAUUUCACUUUCACUAAUUUAUCUCGCUUAUUACAGACUCCCUGUUUUCAUGAUAUAUUAUUGUAUAUGUGUAUGUCAUGUAAUUACAAGCUUCAGUCACAAUGUGUCAUUCACUGGUUGUGUUGCAGAUUUGCUUUAAAUGACACCCUAAUA